AUGUUUGCUUUGAAGAGCUUUACUACUACUGUUACUCGACCCAUUGUUCGUCGACAAUUGAAGCAGGCUUUAUAUCGUGGCCGUGCAGCAGCAAUUGUCCCACAAUUUCAUGAGCCAGUAGAGAAUACCAACGACCAUCAUGCUGUUGUCUCAACUUUUGAUCUAUUCUCCAUCGGCGUUGGUCCUUCUUCUUCACAUACAGUAGGCCCGAUGCGCGCAGCCAAAAUUUUCAUAUCAGAUUUGGCAGAACAUAAUGUUUUGGAUAAAGUAUCGAAACUACGAGUAGAUUUGUUUGGUUCUUUGGCUUUGACAGGUGUCGGACAUGGUACUCCUGAAGCUGUUCUGAUGGGUAUCGAAGGUGAAAGUCCUGACAAAGUAGAGACUACAACCAUCAAAUCUCGUGUUCAAGAUAUCCAAACAAACAGCUCGAUUCAUUUGAACGGAACACAUCGUAUCAAAUUCGACUAUGAAAAGGACAUGGUCUUCAACUAUUUCAAGACUUUACCUCAACAUCCCAAUGGCCUGCGAUUUUGCGCAUACGACAAAGACAUGAACAUGAUUGCUACCAACGAAUAUUUCAGUAUUGGCGGUGGCUUCGUUGUUAACGAAGCAACACAAUUGGAUCACGGUGAAAAUGUGUAUUACAAACAAGACAAUGAAAACGAAGCUGUAGUUGCUGACCGUCGUGAGCAAGAUGUUGCAGUUGUUUCUUUACCGUUCCGCAAUUCAGAAGAAUUGAUUGCAGUCUGUAAGCGUGAAAAUAUGACAAUUGCUCAAGUAGUGUUUGAAAAUGAAUUACGAUGGAGCACACCCGAAGAAAUUAAAAGCAAAUUAUUAAGAAUUUGGAACACCAUGGAUGAAAGCAUCCGCAAUGGUGUAUUGGCUUCUGCUGACGAUUAUUUACCCGGCAGCUUGCGAGUAAAGCGUCGUGCACCUCGAUUAUACAGCAAGCUUUUAAAGGGUCUCUAUGGUGGUCCUUUGAAUCAAACUGGCAUGUACAAUCUUUCACAGAUACCCUCCAACAACAAUGAAGAGCAAAUACAAGCCAAAUCUUCCUCUACCGAAGCAAUCAAUACCCACUAUCCCCUUUCCGUCUCUUUUCUACCCAAGAAACCAAGAAAGAAGUUUGUCUUGCCUGCCCUUGAUUAUCUCUCUGUGUAUGCAAUUGCUGUAAAUGAAGAAAAUGCUUGCGGUGGUCGUGUCGUUACUGCGCCUACCAACGGUGCUGCUGGUACCAUCCCAUCAGUUCUCAAGUACUAUCUUGAAUUCAUUUCGGAUAACCCUGAAAGAGAUGUAAUGGAAUUUUUACUCACCACUUCUGCUAUUGGUAUGCUAUUCAAGAGAGGUGCUAGUAUAUCAGCUGCUGAGGUGGGCUGCCAAGGUGAAGUUGGUGUUGCCUGUUCCAUGGCUGCAGCCGGCUUUACUGCCGUUAUGGGUGGCACCGUCGAGCAAGUGGAAAACGCUGCUGAAAUAGGUAUGGAGCACAACUUGGGCUUGACUUGCGAUCCUAUUGCUGGCCUUGUGCAAGUGCCAUGUAUUGAACGUAAUGCCUUAGCAGCAGUGAAGGCCAUCGCAGCUGCUCAAUUAGCUCUUAACGGUGAAGGUGAUCACCGGGUCUCAUUAGAUCAAGUUAUUGAGACUAUGCGCCAAACUGGUGCUGAUAUGAUGUCUAAAUACAAGGAAACCAGUCAAGGCGGUUUAGCUGUCAACGUUCCUCUAUGCUAA